CAUGGCCGCAGCUAGCGACAUUUGGUGCACAUGUAGAGUCUGUAUAAAAAUUCGUGUCACGAUCGACCAAAUAUUUUCCGUUUUAGACGUACACGGUUGGCUAUUGAACUCUUACAUCGUGGACUUUUUUCAAGAAAACUUAUGGGAGAAAUUGCCAGGAAGUUGGAGGUUUACUUUGCAAGAUACACCUCCUCAAGAGUUUGGUAAAUGGCUGGCAGGAGACAUCUUGUGCAAACGAGUGUGGCCUUUGUCAUUACUUGCACUUCGUCAAGUGACUAAUAUUCUACAGGUGAACAGAAACCAUGAGGACCCAGAAAGUAUUAUAUCUUGUGAACCCAAUAUACCAAAUAAUAAUAACAAUAAUGAAACAUUUAGAAAGGAUAAGAAUGAAGCAUUUGAGGAGUUACAUUCCCAGGAUCAUAAAUUUAGAAACUUGUUCUCAAAACACAUAAAAAAGAAAAAGAGAUAUGAGAUACAAGAGAUAGCUGAAGUGUGUGCAGAUUGUGCCUAUGAAGCUAAUUGUAAAUGUAUCGUUGAUAUUGGAGCUGGAAUGGGUCAUUUGGCUCGUAUCUUAGCUUUUCGAUAUGGGUUAUAUGUUACUUGUAUUGAACAAGAUUGUAUAUUGUUGCAACAAGCUAGGAAAUGGGAUGAAGAAUUACUGGUGUCUAUAAGAAAGCAUUUACCUAAUUUUAGUGAAAAAUGUCCACAGCAAUUUAUAGCAAAGUUGGAACCAGCAAAUUUAGUUGAAUCAAAAUUAGUUAGUCAAUUACAAGAAUUAUUUCAAAAUAAAUUCAUUUUAAACGAAGCAGAAAUUAAAUUUGGUCUUGUAGGACUUCAUCCUUGUGGAGAUUUAGCUCCAAUAUUGUUAAAACUUUACUCAUCCACAGACGAAGCAAAAUUUAUUUGUAUUGUAGGAUGUUGUUACAUGAAAUUAACAAUACAUUCAGAAAUAAGUGGAUUAAAGGGGUAUCCACUUAGCAAGUACCUGAUGUUGCGUAAAAAUCAUUUGCUAACUUAUACAUCAUUAGAAGUAGCAUGCCAUGCUAUUGAAAAAUACUGUGACAAAUUAAAGACUGGAUGCUAUGAAGAUUUAAUAGUGCAUACUUAUAGAGCAGCUUUAGAGACUAUUUUAAUAAAAAAAUGUGAAAAAUUAAGGCAUAGUCAAUUGAGAAAUGUUAAAGUAACAAAAGGGAUGUCAUUUAAACAAUAUUGUACUGCAGCAACAGCACAUUUUGACAAUAAUUUACAGAUACAAGAUUCUGACAUAAAUAAUGCAGAAAUCAAUGGCUAUCUGAAUCAGUGGCAACAAGUUAUAAUAUUUGGAUCGCUUAGAAUGAUGUUGGCGCCAUUGGUCGAAACCAUUGUAUUGUACGACAGAUUUUUAUUCUUAUCCGAGAAAAGUUUGACGCCAACACUAAAACCAGUGUUCGACAGCCGGCUGUCACCACGAAAUUUAGUGUUAAUGUCAAGGAAAAAAUAACCGAGCGGUUUAUUGUUCCUCGAUCACUUAUCGAUAAAUAAUCCCACUUACCUUAAUCUUCACUCUUGAACUCUGUACAAUGUAUCCUCGCAGUUGGACUUCCCGCGUCCAUGAAUCAAAAUCUCUCCAGAUUACAAUGUGCCUCCUUGAUUGGACAAUACCGUUUAAUUACAGUCGUUGAUUCGAACAAUCUACCUUAAUUGUCUUUGCACUUUCAAACACGGCAGUGAUAUAUUUGAACGCGUCUCGCACCGUUUAAUUCGACGCGUUAUUUAAGAAAAUACUC